CUCAUUCUUCUCUCAUCUUACUUUUUUAUUUUUUCAUUCAUCAUUCACCUUCCUUUUAUUUUACUUUUUUGACAACCAAUGAGUUUGCAAGUUAACUUUACAACGUAUGGUCACGACCUCAAGGCGGCCUAUGACACAAUUUUAACCGGAGAUCCCAAGACUAGCGACAACUGGGCCCUAUUUGGAUAUGACAAGGGCACCAAUGACCUCAAGGUGCUCGGACAGGGUAAAGGAGGGCUUGAGGAACUAGAGGGAGAAUUCAUGGACGGUAAAAUCCAAUAUGCAUUUGUUAGAGUUGUCGAUCCUUACUCUCAACUCAACAAGUUUGUCCUAAUUGCUUGGUGCGGUGAUGGUGUUCCAGUGUUCAAGAAGGGCCUCUUCAGCAGCCACCUUGCUGAUGUUGCAAAUUUCCUCAAGGGAUAUCAUUUACAAAUCAAUGCUCGCUGUGAAGAUGAUGUCGCACCAUCUCAUAUUAUGAAGAGACUUGAUGAGAGCUCUGGCUCAAAGUAUUCGAUCCACAAGGAAGAUUAUAAACCUGAAAAGAUCACUCCUCUUCAAUCUGCAUACAAGAAAACGGAGAUUCCAGAUAUUUCAGCCAUGCAGCGUAACCCUACUAAGCCUCAGCCUGCACCGAAGUAUGGACUCGCAGCGACAAAGACUUUCGGAUCAUCAUCACCGUCCACUCCUUCUACUCCACAAGUAUCCAAACCUGCACCUCCAGCUCCAGAAAGAACGUGGAAGACGUCAGUAGGGUCUUCAUCUUACACAGGAGGCACGAAAACGAUAUCUUUCAACAAGGUUACUCCUCCAAGCUCUUUAACCAACUAUGGCCGCCCCGCAGGAGCAGGAGCAGGCGCAAGCUCGGGAACAGGAGCUCCCACCAUCCCUACUCCUACACGCAAUGAACCUAGUAUGAACAAGGCUCAACAAAUCAGACUGGAGCGUGAGGCACGUGAGAAGGAAGAGCGAGAACGGAUUAAGCGUGAAAUCGAAGCUAGAGAAGCUAAAGAACGUCAAGCCUUAGGGCAAUCCAACGCUCAAAAACAAGCUGAAGAAAAGCGCCUUCAGGAACAACAACAGCAGCGUGCACAGCAGGAGAUCCAGGAACGUGCACGUGAGGAGCGUGCUGCUAGAGAAAGAGAGGAACGAGAGAGAGCAGAAGCAGAGGAAGCUGCUCGUUCUGCACGUGAGGCCGCUAAGGCCCGUGAGCAAGCUCAGGUUCGUGAACAGGCCGCUGCUCAAGAAGAAGAAAAGAGACGACAGCGUGAGAAGGAGGAGAGGGAAGCAGCGGAGAGACGUUUGAGAGAACAGCGUGAGGAAGAAGAGGCCGCAGAGAAGAGACGUACUGCUGCGGCUGCUAUGGGGGUUGGGGCUGCUGCUGCUGCUACCGUUGCUGCCGUGGGGGUUGGAGCUGUUGCUGCUAUAGGCGUUGGAGCCGCUGCCACCGCUGCUGCUGCUGCUGCUGCUGCUGCUACUGCUACUGCUACUGCUAAUGCAAGUGAUUAUUCGGCACAUCAGGAGGCUGAGGAUACACAUGGAGACGAGUCUGCACCCGCCGAUGCCGGCCAAGGAGUCCAGGCAGUUGUCUUGUACGAUUAUGAGAAGACAGAAGAGAACGAAAUGACAUUAAUUGAAGGUGAAAUCCUUGUCAACGUCCAGGAGCUAGACCCCGGCUGGUGGAGCGGUGAGAGCGCAGAUGGUACCAGAAGCGGUCUUUUCCCAGCCAAUUAUGUCGAAGUCAUUGGGCAAGAUUCUGCUGCUGCUGAGGGAACGUCGGCGCAUUAUGCAGAAGAGCAGGAGGCCUACGCACAUGAUACCUAUGCAGGAGAUGAAUCAGGACUUGCCGCAGUGGAUGAGGUGCUGUCUGCUAAGCCCACAGCAGUUGCUUUGUACGACUAUAAUGCAGGAGAGCCUAACGAGAUCUCAUUCUCGGAGGGUGAUAUUAUCAGAGAUAUUGAAUUCGUCAGUGAUGACUGGUGGAGCGGGUUAGCACAAGAUGGCACAAAUGGCCUUUUCCCAUCCAACUAUGUAGAGCUUCAGGAAUAAUGGAAAGAACCUGUAUUGGAUCGAAAAUAAUAAAAAUAAAAAGCGCGUCAUGAAUGAGCUGUUUGCACAUACACGCGACAUAAUUUCCCGUGAAGGAGC